UGUACUUUAGUUCCACUUUCAACAAAAAACAAAGGGCAGCUGAGAAACAGGAUCCAGCUACAACCCUAAACACAAAAACAGUAAAGGCCCUUAACAAUGGAGAUGCAAAGCGAAUUCGAUCGACUCCUUUUCUUUGAGCACGCUCGUAAGACUGCAGAAACUACAUAUGCUCAGAAUCCACUUGAUGCUGAUAACUUGACGAGAUGGGGAGGUGCAUUGUUGGAAUUAUCACAGUUUCAGCCUGUUCCUGAAUCAAAACAGAUGAUUUCUGAUGCAACCUCAAAGUUGGAGGAGGCAUUGGCUGUUAAUCCUGAAAAGCAUGAUGCGCUUUGGUGUUUGGGGAAUGCACAUACAUCUCACGCAUUUUUAACUCCUGAUAUGGAUGAGGCUAAGAUUUACUUUGAAAGAGCAACUCAGUGCUUUCAGCAGGCAGUUGAUGCGGAUCCAUCAAAUGACCUUUACCGCAAAUCUUUGGAAGUUACUGCUAAGGCUCCAGAAUUGCACGAGGAAAUCCACAGACACGGUAACAUUCCACAAGCUAUGGCACCAGAACCUUCUACAUCGACAAGCACAAAGAGUUCAAAAAAGAAGAAGAGCAGUGAUCUCAAGUAUGACAUUUUUGGAUGGGUAAUACUUGCCGUUGGUAUUGUUGCAUGGGUGGGAUUUGCAAAAUCUAAUAUGCCUCCACCGCCACCCCCGCCUCCACAAUAAAAGCCAUAAUGCAGCUUUACUAAUACUCUACUAGAGUUUUUCCUUUGCGUAAACAGGGCGCUAGGUAUUCAUGCCUCAGUCAUUUAAUUAGUUAGACUUUUUUCUGGUGUAAUAGAUCAAAAUAAGAUUGUUUUUCUUUUUAUUUUUCAUCCCUUGAUAUUUUUCAUGGAGUUUGGCUUUGACCUACAGUUUUAAUUCAUUACAAUUUUCUGCAAA